AUGCUUUGCUUAACGGUUUUUUCGGCGUCUUUAGCCAUCAUGGCCAGCAGAGCAUUCGCAGCUGGUGAAGCAGCAGUACCUCUUGCACAGACCGGAAAUUUCAGUGCCAUUGCAGAUGGCGGAGCAGUGCCACCACCGCUCUAUCAUAUGCCGAUGUACUCAAUGCCAUUGCAAUUCUCUGACCUAGAGUCUAGGGCACCGUUACCCACUACAUCAACAAAUAUCCCGGACGUAGGCCGUGCUUCUCAACCUGGCGGUGCAUCACUUGAGAUGUUGCGACAGUCGUCUUCUGACUAUUUACACGCUGCCCCAACUAAUGACCAGCAGCCCAGGAACUCCAUAUCUCCGGUAAUAAUUGACAUGCCAGAUGAUUUUCCCGUUUAUGACAUUCGGAGGCCGGAGAUAAAGCAAAACCAAGCGCCUAUCCAACGUACCAAACGCUUCGAGUUAGGGGAAAAUAUUCCGAUUACUUUCUCCUUAGAACAGGCCAAACUGCCCCCAUCAGCUGACGGCACGUCAGCGCAGACCAAGCAGCGGUUGCAAGAAGGGAGAGAUCAGACGGGAUCACCUCCUGGAUUCCAUUCGGCCUCCCUGGGGGGGCCGCAUUCUUCCCAAAUGCACGGCCGAGCAGAAGCAGCAAAUUCAUCACAGUCUGCUGGACUGUCUUUACGACAUUCAUGGCUAUUCUCUUCCACUCGAGAAAAACUGUUUGAUGCAGUUGAAUUUAUGAAAAGCACAGGGGGCGAUCUCCAAUACCCAGCACCCGUGGUUGUGAACCCGCCAGGCUACUUCGUUGACAAACCCUUGCUUCAGCCUGCUCACAGCAUUGGGACUCCCGAAAUUCUUCAUCGGAAACCCGAGCAAGCUUACCCCCCCUUCGUUCCUGCCCGAGAAACGCAGUUGUCAAUUCAUGGAGAGGGGACCCAUCUAGUACCAGAUAUCCAUGAGCAGCUUUCCGGAUCAGAACCAGCAGUGUCUGGCAGCAUGGCGGCUCCUCAGCACAACGUAUACGUACACGGCAACAGUCUGGCCCCAUCGCCACCCAUCUGGGACAUUCCUCUACCCAACGCAGAUGCACCCUCCACCUAUACGGCUAACGUGCCACAAGGUUACAUUGUGGAAAAACCUCUCCUGUCUAUCCGAGGAGCGAAUCUAGCGUUUCCGUUGGCGGCAAGGGCGUACCAGUUUAUGGUCCCACGUGCAGAGCUAUUUAUUGCAUCAUCACGAUACGCAGAGGAGUAUCUGGACCUUGUCGCAGCUCUGUACUGCCUAUUCCAAAAAUGGCCCUGCAACAAUGUGGAGGAGUUUGCCGUGCAGACACGACUGCAUCAGCGCAAUGCGGCGACAAGCAGUUCACCACACCCUGAGGAAGCACUCCCUAGUUAG